AUGGAAGAUAUGAACGAGUUCAAGCAGUUUGACAUCGUUUCCGAUGACUCAGAUCACCACUUCCGUGAUCGCAGCAGUGGAAACAACAUUAUGAACAACACAAAAAAGAGUAUCAUGAAGGAGUGGAAAAUCUUGGAACAAAAUCUACCAGAAUCUAUCUAUGUUAGGGUCUAUGAUCAGCGCAUUGAUCUCAUGAGGGCGGUGAUUAUAGGCGCCGCUGGCACACCCUACCACGACGGCCUCUUCUUCUUCGAUAUCGUGUUCCCCUCUGAUUACCCGAACAACCCGCCCAAGGUCCACUUCAUCUCGUUCGGGCAACGACUCAACCCGAACUUCUACCCUAACGACACCGUGUGCCUGAGCCUCCUCAACACGUGGCGUGGGAAGAAGAAUGAGAAGUGGAACCCAUCUAUGUCAACGUGUCUGCAACUCCUCCUCUCCCUUCAAGGACUCGUUCUCAACGAGAAUCCCUUCUUCAAUGAGCCAGGUUUCGCCAUAUUCACCCAUGACUUCUUUGAUUUUUUGCCACGUACCUACACUGAGCUCGUAUACCGCCACACUUGCUAUAUCAACAUGCACCUCCUCCAGAAGCCCCCGAAGAACUUCGACACCUUCAUCAAGAGCCACUUCUGCAAUCGUGCGGCGGCGAUUCUCGCCGCAUUCGUAGAGUAUGCGACUGGGCGCGUGAGGAUCGGGUACUACGGAGCCGGCUCAUUGUCCUCUCCUCCGCAUAAGGUUUUGGUUUCGCGGAGGCACAAGAAGUGGGCGCAGAAGUUUUACCCUAGUAUGAUUAAUGCGUUUGAACGCUGUGGUGCUUCUUUGGAUACUUCCGUUCGCGACUUUGUGUUGUUGUCCGAGUAUGAGAGCAACGAGAGUACGAUCUUGACGAAAGUCAGUGUGCUGAUAAAGAAGGCUUUCACGUGGAUGAAUAUAAAAGAAAAGUGGGGAAAAUUUGAUUGA